AUGGCGGCGUCGGUGGCGGCUGCAGCCGGUCGGCUGCGGCGGGCCAUUCGAAGGUCGCCCCCAUGGCAGGACCCCAGCCGUCGGCCGCUUUCAACCGAGCCACCUCCAGUCCAGGCCUCGGCAGUGCGGGACGCCUUCCUGAGCUUCUUUCGGGACCGCCAUGGCCACCGGCUGGUGCCCUCUGCUCCCGUGCGGCCCCGCGGCGAUCCCACUUUGCUUUUCGUCAACGCGGGCAUGAACCAGUUUAAGCCAAUCUUCCUGGGCACCGUAGAUCCACGAAGCCAGAUGGCAGGCUUCCGACGUGUGGCCAACAGCCAGAAAUGUGUAAGGGCUGGAGGACGCCACAGCGACCUGGAAGAUGUGGGCCGAGACCUUUCCCAUCAUACCUUCUUUGAGAUGCUUGGCAAUUGGGCCUUUGGGGGUGAAUAUUUUAAGGAGGAGACUUGCAGCAUGGCCUGGGAACUGCUGACUCAGGUUUAUAGGAUCCCUGAGGAUAGGCUCUGGGUCUCCUACUUUGGUGGUGACCCCAAGGCAAGGCUGGACCCAGACCUGGAGAGCAGGGACAUAUGGCUCAGCUUAGGGGUGCCCACCAGCCGUGUGCUUUCCUUUGGGCCACAAGAGAACUUCUGGGAGAUGGGGGAUACUGGCCCUUGUGGGCCCUGUACUGAGAUCCACUAUGACCUGGCUGGUGGAGUGGGAGCCCCCCAGCUGGUGGAGCUUUGGAAUCUGGUCUUCAUGCAACACAACAGACAGGCAGAUGGAAGCCUGCAGCCCCUGCCCCAGCGGCAUGUCGACACGGGAAUGGGCCUGGAAAGGUUGGUGGCCGUGCUGCAAGGCAGACGCUCCACCUACGACACUGACCUCUUUUCCCCGCUUCUCAAUGCCAUACACCAGGGCUGCAGGGCACCCCCCUACUUGGGCCGGGUAGGGGUGGCAGAUGAGGGACGCAUAGACAUGGCAUACCGUGUGGUGGCUGACCACAUCCGCACACUCAGCAUCUGCAUCUCUGAUGGUGUCUCCCCUGGGAUGUCAGGUGCCCCGCUGGUUCUUCGUCAGAUCCUCCGUCGAGCUGUGCGGUUCUCCACGGAGGUCUUGCAGGCACCACCUGGCUUCCUAGGUAGCCUGGUGCCUGUAGUGGUAGAGACACUGGGAGACACUUAUCCGGAACUGCAGAAGAACGCAGCCCAGAUAGCCAACCUGGUGUCAGAGGAUGAGGUGGCCUUCCUGGCCUCCCUGCAGCGGGGUCGGCGGAUCAUUGAUCGGACUCUGAAACGCCUGGGGCCUUCAGAAGUAUUCCCUGCCGAAGUGGCCUGGUCCUUGUCACUGUCUGGGAACCUCGGACUCCCACUGGACCUGGUAGAGCUGAUGCUGGAGGAGAAAGGGGUGAAGCUGGACACUGCUGGGCUGGAACGGCUGGUCCAGGAGGAGGCACAGCACCGGGCACAGCAGGCUGAGCCAGUUCAGGAACAGGGACUACGGCUCGACGUCCACGCGCUGGGGGAACUGCAGCGCCUUGGGGUGCCCCUAACCGAUGACAGCCCCAAAUACAAUUACUCCCUGCAACCCAGUGGGUGUUAUGAGUUCGGCACCUGUGAAGCCCAGGUGUUACAGCUGUAUACAGAGGAUGGGACAGCCGUAGCCUCAGUGGGGGAAGGCCAGAGGUGUGGCCUCCUCUUGGACAGGACCAACUUCUAUGCUGAACAAGGGGGUCAAGCAUCGGAUCGUGGCUUCCUGGUACGGGCAGAGCAACAGGAUGUGGUGUUCCCAGUGGCCCGGGCCCAGGUCUAUGGGGGCUUCAUCCUGCAUGAGGCAGUAGCCCCCGAGUGCCUGCAGGUAGGAGACCAUGUGCAGCUACAUGUGGAUAAGGCCUGGCGUCUGGGCUGCAUGGAGAAGCACACGGCCACCCACCUGCUGAACUGGGCACUGCGGCAGGCCCUGGGCCCUGGCACAGAGCAGCAGGGCUCCCAUCUCAGUCCUGAGCGGCUGCGCUUCGAUGUGACCACCCAGGCCCCAUUGACCCCAGAGCAGCUGCGGGCAGUAGAAGGUGCUGUGCAGGAGGCUGUGGAGCAGGACAAGGCUGUGUAUGUGGAGGAGGUGGCCCUGGCACUCACUGCCCACGUGCCUGGCCUGCGCUCUCUGGAUGAGGUAUACCCGGACCCUGUGCGGGUGGUGUCGGUGGGGGUGCCUGUGGCACAUGCCUUGGACCCAGCCUCCAAAGCUGCACUGCAGACCUCUGUGGAACUAUGCUGUGGGACGCACCUGCUACGCACGGGGGCUGUGAGGGACCUGGUUAUCAUUGGGGAGCGCCAGCUUGCCAAAGGCACCACCCGCCUGCUGGCCAUCACUGGAGAACAGGCCCAGCAGGCCCGAGAGGUGGGCCAGAGUCUGGCCCAGGAAGUGGAGGCAGCUGCAGAGCGGCUGAAUCGAGGCAGUCGGGAGGUGGUAGAGGCACAGCAGCUAUCCAAGGACGUGGGACGACUCACUGAUUCCGUGGACACUGCCGUGAUGCCCCAGUGGCAGCGGCGGGAGCUUCAGGCCACACUGAAGUCACUGCAGCGGCGUGCCAACACUGCCAUCCGUAAGCUGGAGAUGGGGCAGGCUGCAAAGAAAACCCAGGAGCUGCUGGAGCGGCACUCGAAGGGGCCUCUGAUUGUGGACACAGUCUCCACUGAAUCCUUCUCAGUGCUGGUGAAGGUGGUACGGCAGCUAUGUGAGCAGGCCCCCAGCACGUCCGUGCUCCUACUCAGCCCCCAACCUAUGGGGAACGUGCUGUGUGCCUGUAAGGUGGCCCAGGGUGCUACACCCACCUUCACAGCAGAAGCCUGGGCACUGGCCGUGUGCAGCCACAUGGGGGGCAAGGCCUGGGGCUCUCGAGUUGUAGCCCAGGGCACCGGAAGCACUGCUGACCUGGAAGCUGCCCUCAGUACAGCCCGAGCCUACGCCCUCAACCAGCUCUGACCCAGGCCCACCCAAGAAGCUACAUGGACUAAAGGGAAGCACCAGAAGACCUGAAGGAGCUAGUAGAACCACCCUGCAGGCUGAAGCAGAGGACUAGAGGCUGGAGGCUGAGGGGCUGAGCCAAAGCAGGCCACCUGGGCCGGGCCCCACAUGACACAAAGAGAUAUGGGCUGGGCCUGGGCCCAGAGACACACCCCUCUUGGUUAAUGUGAAAACAUGGGCUAUUGUGGCUGAUUGCUCAUUAAAAAGUCUUUCACAGAGGGUAAGAA